AUGUAUGUAGCAGAACAAGAUUCUGAACCUGACACUCCUCCUGGAUACUAUGAAAAUGGACACAUACCCGUAGAUUAUCUUGAACCUGAAUACGAACCUAUGCCUGAAGAUGAUCAUGUGCCUGAAUAUGAGCCUCUACCUGAAGAUGAACCCAUUCCUGAGUAUGAGCCUGAGACUCCUACUGGUUCACAAGAAAUUCAAUCUGAAGACAUGACUGACGUCGAGCUUGAACAACAACAACCUGCUGCAUCCACUGAAUCAGUGGCCCCAAGAAAUGCUCCUCCGAGGAUCGAUCCUGCUCCUAAUCAGAACACGCAUGGGCAAGCCAUCGAUGCACUGCAACACGAAGUCCAACAUAUGCGCAAUGAAUUACACAUUCUACAAAUGCAUUUCUUCAAUUUCAUCGACACCCGUUGGAGGCUUGUUAAUGAAAAUCCUCAAGAAAACCAACCUGAACAUCAUAAUGAGCCAGUGGAUGCAAUGGAACAAGAGUUCAACCAAGCACAAGCUGAUUUCAACCAACCUCCUCAAAACAAUCCUCCACCUAUUACUCUCGAUGCCAUUUGGCCUGUGGUAGCUCCUCCCCUUGGCGGGUUUGCUCGAUCCCUUGCCUCAAUAGCUCCACUCCUUGGCGAGCUUGCUGCGCCCUCAAAUACUCAAUCUCAGUAUGCAUCCACCCCCAUUGGUCCUGCGGCAUUCGAGAUGUGCCCUCAUCAAACGUGUUUGUAUGUGGAGCUAUUUGCUCGUCGUCCUCCUGCUGUUCCUGUGUAG